UACUUACUCCCAUAUCCAACGGCUCCGGCUCUGGAGUGACGCUGUGGUUAAUGCGAGUGUCACAAACUACCUAUCCCCAUCGAGUGCCCACACCCGCUCUACUACUCACCUCAUCAGUCGGGACUCCUUCACCAUGAACACCCAGGAGAAAGUGUUCCCUUCGGGGCAGCACUACUCGGGCCAUAACCGCGUACCCAACAUCAAGCAGUUUAUGGAAAGCCUUGACCAGGACAAGAGGGAUCGAGAGGCCAAAGCUGAAUCUGACCCCCAGGCGAACCGCCCCGCCGCUGAGGUAACGGACCACGAGCAGGUAUCCAGGAAAGUCGGCAAGAACCGGCGGACUGUCCGGGACCCGGUCACCGGCAAGGAUGUCGAGAUCGACGACAUUGACCGCAGCUACGUGAAGUCUGCUAAAGACCCACAUAUAUCCGUCCCCAACGCCAACCUUGGCAAAGAAACGACCGUCAAGACCGAACCCACGCAGUCGGGCGAGGAAUACCGGCACAACCAAGACGUGACGGCGCCACCCGACCCCGUGGCGGAGGGCUCGACGAGCGACCUACCGAUCCACGGCGAGAAGACCAACGUGCUCUUCCACCCGACGCCUGCGGUUAGCUACGAGCCCAUGUACGCGGCGGUCGAGGCACGGGCGAAUGUGCUCUGCACCGGCAUCUUCCUGGCCAUCGUGCUGAUGGGCAAGGUGUUCGGCGGCAGCAUGUGGGGGCUCCUUCCGCUGGCCGCGUGCGUCGCCUCGGGCGUCUUCCUCUGGGCCAAGGACCUCGUGCGCCGGGGCCGCGACAUCGAGUGGUCGGCCGAGCAGCGCCGCGGCGAGACCGCCGUCAUCAACCUGAUCCCCGAGUCCGUCGAGUGGCUCAACACCGCCCUCGGCCUGAUCUGGGGCCUCAUCAACCCGGAUAUGUUCGCAGCUGUUGCUGACACUCUUGAGGACGUCAUGCAAGCCAGCGUACCCGGUGUGAUUGAGAAUGUGAAGGUCAAUGAGAUCUCCCAAGGCAGUAACCCGCUCCGGAUCCUCAGUCUGCGUGCGCUACCCGACUCUGAGGUCAAGGAUCUCAAAGAAGAGAUCCGAAAGCGGGACGAGAAGGUCAAGGACCCCCAGCAGCUGGCUGCAGACGAGGCGGGCGGCGACUACUACAACCUCGAGGCCACGAUAGCGUACCACGCGUUGCCUUCGUCGGGCGAUGUGUCAUCCAAGGCCAAGAACAUGGGCAUGCAGUUGGUCUUCUACCUCGGCGUCAAGGGUCUCUUCGGGGUCCCCUUCCCGGUCUGGGUCGAGCUCAGGGGCUUGCUCUGCACCGUCAGGAUCAGGGUCGCUCUGACUCCGAACCCACCCUUCGUCAACACCGUCAGCUGCACCCUCAUGGGCCUACCCAUGGUGGAUGCCAGCUGCAUCCCCCUAGUCGAGAAGGGGGCCAAUAUCCUCAAUCUCCCCAUCAUCUCUAAAUUUGUCAACUGGGCGAUCUCCACCGCGGCGGACAUGUACGUGGCGCCCAAGUCCAUGACCCUCGACAUCGGCAAGAUGCUCCAGGGGGACGACAUCCUCAAGGAGACGGAGGCCCUGGGCGUCCUGUUCGUCCGCAUCCACAAAGCCGUGGGACUCAGCAAGCAGGAUCGGCGUGGAAGCGAGGGCGGCGGCUCGGACCCGUACAUCUGCGUAGCCUUCUCCAAGUUCGCCAAGCCACAGUACUGCACCCGCGUCAUCCAGGACGACCUGAACCCUAUCUUCUCCGAGUCCUGCGGCCUGCUGGUCACCACUGACAUCAUCAAGGCCGACGAACAGCUGUCGCUCGAGCUGUGGGACAGCGACCGGUCCUCUGCCGACGACGUAGUCGGCAAGGUCGAGAUAAGCAUCCAGAAGCUAAUCCAGCACCCCGGCAAGUCCUUCCCGCAGGUCUCCAAGCUCAAGGGCGUCAAGGCCGGGAGCACCAUGCCCGGAGAGCUGCACUGGGAGGUCGGCUUCUUCGGCAAGACGCAGUUCAGGCGAGCGCUGAGGACCGACGGCAAGGACCCCAACCUGCCCAAGGAGCUCCGCGACAAAAAGGAGCUGCAGGACGACAAAGGCAGCAUCAACACGGCCAUGGAGGACGCCGUCACGCACACGCCUCCCGACCCGCUGUGGCCGAGCGGCAUUCUCAGCAUCGUCAUCCACCAGAUCGUAAACCUCGAGCUCCAGAACGUCAAGGGGUCGCAGUGGAAGAAGAAGGGCCACGAGUACGAGCCCGCCCGCCCGGAGGCCGGGGACAUCAAGGAAGAGCAGGACAAGAGCCUGCCCAGCUCCUACUGCACGAUCCUGCUCAACGACGAGCUGAUUUACAAGACCCGGACCAAGGUGGUGUCGUCGAAGCCCAUCUUCCAGGCCGGGACGGAGCGGUUCGUCCGCGACUGGCGGUCGUGCAUCGUCACCGUCACGGUGCGCGACUCGCGCAACCGGCAGCACGACCCCAUCAUCGGCGUCGUGCCCCUGAAGCUGUCCGACAUCCUCCAGACAGCCAGCCAGAGCUCCCGGUGGUACCCUCUGGACGGCGGCAUCGGCUUCGGCCGCAUCCGGAUCAGCCUCUUGUUCCGCUCCGUCGAGCUCAGGCUGCCGCCGACGCAGCUCGGCUUCGGCGAGAUCGGCACGUUCGAGUUCCUGAGCGAUUCCAUCACUACCGCCGGCUUCGCGCCCAGCUCCAGGGUGAAGAUCAAGUUGCGGACGGGCGGCAGCUCGGCCACCGUCAAGCCCGACGCCUGCACCAAGUCCGAGGACGGCAGCUCGCUCUCCUGGGACAUCAGCGGCCAGCAGCAUAAGAAGGGGGCCAAGAUCCGGAUGCCGGUGCGCUUCCGGUACCGGUCGCCCAUCUUCUUCGAGUUCCACCCUGCGGGGAAGCGGCACACCGAGUUCUUCGCGUCGCUCUGGCUCCAGGAGGUGGUGGACGGCGAGGAGAAGGACUUCGACCUGCCGGUGUGGCGGUGCAACAACGGCACGCGGCUGUCGCAGAACUACAUCAACGAGGCGAACCACGCGACGGUGCCGGACCUGCGGCUCGAGGAGGUCGGCCGCGUGCGCUUCCGCGGCCGGUUCAAGCCCGGCACCGACCGCGACCACCUGCGCUUCGUCAGCGACAACGACUCGCGCGAGACCAUCGAGAGCUGGGAGGCGUGCUUCGCCGAAGGCGUGCGCACCGAGUCGGUCAAGCGGGAGGUCCCGGACACGGUGCAGAGGCUGCACGAAGAGUCGCUGACCCACGGCCGCGACGUGUUGGCCCAGGCGCCGGAGAAGGACAGGCGAAAGUGGCUGGCUAGGGAUGGCACCGACUGGACCGGCGCGUUCGGCAAGGACCCUGCGGAGAUGCUGGGCGGUCGUCGCGAGGACGGCAGCGCCGGGGAGAAUCUGGACCAAGACCAGAACCAGGACUGCGAGUCGUCCGAGUCGUCUGAUAUGGACCUCGGGAUCCGAGACGGCAGCAUGGACGAUGGGGGCAGGCCCGAUGGAGAUGCGAUGGCGAAUGGGGAGGGCGGAUCCGCGGCGAGGCCAUCCCAUGAUACAAAUGACAAUGCGGAAUCUGGAGGGUCGAAGUCCGGGGGCAACAGUCCUAUUCAGGCGCUCAAGGACUACAGGAGCAGGAGCCGGGAUCUACACCGGCAGCAACGAGGCUUGAUGCAAUGGAAACCAAUGCGGAAUAUUCAGUUUGCAAAGGAUGAGGCUCUUUUCGCUGUCCGUCGGGUCAAAAAGAUGGGCAGUCUGGCCGGACGAACGCCGGAUGUUGAAACCGAGAUUUGAGGAUGAGCCGGAUGAAAGGCGACGGCGGUGGGAAGGGAUGAGAAUGUCAUUUUGAUAUGUAACAUAGGUAGUUCUGGUGUCACCAGCUAAAGGACUGAUAUUUGAAAUACCAAGUUCAUUUGUUUCCACACUACAUAGGUAUAUAUAUGAUAGAAGGUGUCCAUCCGUAAAUCUUAACUCUCGCAAGUUU